AUGAUGCCCCUCUCAGGAGGGAAGCACAAUAUGAUUCUCGGGCAUUGCCAUCGACCUCCGCCGAAACUGCCACCAUCGAAAGAUGCAACACGAAGCAGUUCAAAUCAUAAUAUCUACUGAAACAGAUUCGACGUCCGGUACGAGCGUGAAAGGCAUAGUGCCCUUAUAAUGCUCGAUCAACAUUGGCAUAGCCCCCGGCCUUGGGUUCUUAUCAUGAUUACUCCCGUGCAUAGCUAUCCAGCAUCUCAGGGUCCUUGAUGGCAAGAGUCUAGCAUUGUGACAUACUCACGAUGCCGCUACUGCCUUCGGCGGACGUUACUGCAUUGGGAGCAACGCGCUACUUCUCAGCGGUGGCGUUGACCUCCCUGCUGUGGAACCACCUUCUGAUCUUAGGCGAUGAAAUUGAGUUGAUAUGGCGAAAACGACACUGGUCGUUCGUGCAAACGCUCGUUGUGGCGAACUUAUAUGGCGCGCAUGGAGCUAUGAUAGGAUUCGCCUAUGUGAUGAGUGGUAUGCAAGUGCCACUUAGCAGUAAGGUUUGUCGAGGAUUCGGGGUAUUCAUCGGUGUGUAUGGCCUCAUCGGUAUCGGCUUGUUGCAACGAGUCGCACUCCUCACGUGCAUCGUCAAGGUCUGGGACAACAGGAAAAGUAUCAGGGUGGCUCUCGCGAUCGGCCUCGUCAUAUGCUACGGCAUGGGCGCUGCAUUCGACGUUCUGACGAUCAAACAAGUCAUCAAUCUUGCACAGUAUGACGUCACCGCAAGAUCUUGCGGUUUGAGCAGCAAGGCGACGUACUUGCCUGGAAUCUGGGGCGGACAGCUGCUAUAUGAUCUUUAUGUCAUUGUGCUCUUAUUUGUGAAUUCUUUGUCUCGUCCUCGGCGCAGUGACCAUGAGGUCGUGACAAACCUAGUGCGAGACGGUGGAUUGCUAUUCAUUUUCUUGCUCGUCUGCAGACUCGUGGCAUUCUUUAACAACCUCUUUGGCGGGGUAUGUUUCUCUAUCAACGUCUCGUAUCCACACGCUCAGCUAUUUCCUAAGGCUGCAGAAACAUUUAUUGUGUUGAUAUUUGUAUACUCUCUCGACGUCAUCCUAACCUUCAAGUUGUUCCUCAAGUUCAAGAUGGUGGAGGACAAGGUGGCCUCAGACGAGGAUCACAGAAUGACGAUCUCACAAGCUGUCCUUAUCGUGGAAGAGAUCGAGAUGAUGUCCGUCUAAUGUCAAUAUAAGUGUGUAACUCAAGGAGAUUAGAACUGGAGGUUCCUGUGAAAGUCAUGUAGUGAUGUGCCAGGCUCGGCCUCAAGCCGGAAUCCGGCCCGAGCCGAGCCCAAGAAAGCAGAGCCGAGCGAUGCAGCUGGCGCCGGAUCAAUCCCUUUUCACCGUCCUUUCCGCUGUGUCCGCCGCCCGCGACCUGCUCGUUGUAACGGGUGCCGCCGGUACCGGCUUUAUCAUUAUGUGUCCUGUGUCCAGCAAGUUACCUUUGGCUUGUACUACGUACAACGUACAGGAAGAAACUCUGCGGACGCUUGCAGGUUUGCGGAAGGAGCCCGGUC